AUGAGCGUCGUCUACGAACCCCGGAACUUCAUGCACGAUGGGUCCUACCCUCCGAUCGGUGACCCGGAUCACGACCACAAUGUCGACCCGACAGGGCAGUACCAAGCAACCGACGUUCCCGACCUGGCUUCCUACAACCCGACAGCUUCCAUGCUCGGAGACGACCGGUCUCUGAUGCCGGAGGGUCUUGACGAUGGUUCUGUAGGCGUCCCUGAUGCAACGCGACUCGAUCUCUCCGCUCCCCCGACACUUGCGUCUCUUCCCUCGCAACUUCCUCCUGCGCUACCCGAGCCUCUGCCGUCAAACAAUAAGGACGACGGCGAAGCCUCGACUCCUUCUUCGAGGGUCAAGUGCAUACCCAAACCUGAGCGCGAGGUUACGAAACAGGCGGACGGAAAGUUUUACUGCACCUUUCCGGGAUGCACAGAAGAGACGCAGGUCUUCACACGGAAGUGCGAAUGGAGCAAGCACAUGGACAAGCAUGAGCGACCCUACCGAUGCGCUGCCGAAGGCUGUGAAAAGCUCCCAGGCUUCACCUACUCUGGCGGUCUCCUCCGCCACGAGCGCGAGGUACACGGCAAGCACGGCGGUCCUAAGAACACAGUGAACUGCCCGCAUCCGAACUGCAAGCGCCACACAGGCAAGGGCUUUUCGCGCCAGGAGAACCUCAACGAGCACCUACGGCGAGUACAUACGAGUGAUGGAUCUAGCACGGUUCAGGAGGACAUCCAGACAGGCAGCGACGGCGACAGCGAGAAGGCCGGCAUCUUCGGCGCAGGGAACAAGCGGAAGCGCUCGAGAAAGAGCUCCGACGCCGGGCUGGACGAGCUGCGCGAGGAGAUCAAGCGUGUGCGUCAGGAGAAUGAGGAGCUUCGCCAACAGCUUGACAGACAGGGUCAGCACAGCUUUGCCAUGAUGACGCAGAUUGCGGAGCUGCAAGAUGCGUUACGCACGAAUCUCGACGGCACCGGCCUGGGCGCUCCCACCGCCACGAUGUUGUGA